ACUAUGUAGUAGUACCUACUACCUAUGUUAAAAACAUUUUCAUUAUCUACGGGCCGUGUCCGUUUGUGGCGGCUCCCGGCUUAGCUGUUUUUCCCUGUGCUAAUUUAGUUUUUGAUGUUUACUGUUUUGCUGUGCAGUUUUUUUAUCUGAGGUGUUGACCGGUGGGGCGUGAUUGAUAUUUGAUAUAUUUUAUAGUAGUAUGUUUGUAGCACUACUCGUUAUUCCGACUUGUUGCAUUUAUCGUUAAGUGUUAUUUUUUAAUUGUCAAUUGCUUAAUUUUAACAGUUUGAAAUUGUACCAAGUGAGAAGCGGUUGAGCAUUGGGAUUCAUUUGUACACGAGUUGUACGGAGGACCAUUUAUAUGAAACUGUUAAAAUUCGAUUGGUCUGAUUUAUUAAUGAUUUAAUUUUGUAUUAUGUGAUAAAAGAAUUAUUACCAAAAGAAAAGUAUUUCUUGGCGUUUUCAAUUUGAUGCGAAAUCUGCUAGUCAGUCAUUGUAAAACAUAACGUUGCGUUUGAUUGUUUUAAAAUGUCAGAAAUUGAGAUCUCAUCCGGACUGGAAGAUAGUGAACCAGACAUAUUUUAUAAUAUGGAUGUGUUUCAACAGAUGAUAAAUUUAUGCCGAAACAAUAAACAGUUUCCUCAGAAGUAUGUUGAAGAUAUGAAUAAAAUGUAUAACAAGUGCAGUAAUAAGCAAAAAAAUUCAAAACAUUUAUGCAGUUUGGUACUUAAAGGAUUAGAAUUAAUUUCUCCAAAGAAUAAAAAUUCUUUUCAGUAUGCUGCCGAUGUAUAUAAUGCAUUAUUGCAACUUUCCAAAAAAGACUCAAAUAGUUUACAGACUGAAAAUUGUGUUGCUAGUACUUCAAAUGGUAAUGCAAGUAUGACUUCAGAAUUAGAAAAUAAUAUAAGUAAUAAUGAAAUUAGUGAAAGCCAUAAAAUAUUUAAAGAAUUAAUUGAAAAAUGUUAUCAAAACAAACAUUUUUCAAAUUUAAAUGUUGAAAAAAUCGAUAAAUUGUAUAACUCUUUGCCAUCUGAAUUUCUUAAUUCUAACUAUUUUAUUAAGUUAUUAAGAGAAGCAAAUAAAAUAAUCUGGCCCGAUAGUGGUAUAACUUUAUUUAUACACUUGGAACAUAUAUAUGAUCAAUUACAGCAAUUUAAAGCUUCAAUGCAGGUUCAAGAUACCAAAACAUCUAGAAACAAUAAAGAAAUUGAUGGAAAGAAAUUAAAACAGUUAAAAAAACUAAAAACUGCGUUAAAGAUUGUCCGAAAAAAAAUAAAAAUUCUUGAUGAACAAGAAAUGGAUAUAAAUAAUGAAGAUGAAUUUAAUGCUGAUUCCGCAUAUAUAUUAAAAGACAAAUAUGAAAAAAGGAUUGUUGAAAUUUAUAAACGAAUGUGCAAACUAAGUGAUGAACCAAACUUUUUAGAAGAACCUAUAUUGCGUUUUAGAGCAACAAAUAACAAAUUGAUUAAUAAAACCAUUGAAAAAUAUUAUAAUCUUAAUAAAACAUUUCCUGAUUAUUAUGAAGUAUAUACAUUAUUAAAAUGCUUACGAGACAAAAAAAAAUUAGAUUGGACUGAAACUGAAUUAAAAAAUAUUUCACAUGACGCAUUUCUUAAGCUUGGAAAACAAUUAAAGCUUCAAAGACUGAAUGAAUAUUUUGGUCGUUUGGCAAGUGUAAAUGUAGAUAAAGAUCCAGCAGAAGAAGAUGAAGACCUUAGAAAAAAACUUGAUGAAAGUAACAAAAAGUUACAUGCAGAUUUGAACAUGUUGACAAAAAAGUUUGAAAAUAAACAAGAUUAUGCAGAAGAAACAGAAGGGUCUAAUCUUAAUGAUACAGAGUGUGAAAACAGUUCAGAAAAUGAAUAUACUGAUAAUAAUAGAAAAUUAUAUAAAGAGCCGAAACCAAUAUCAGUUAGACGGAAAAGAAGGGUAUCAUUAUCAUCAUCAUCAGAAUCAGAAAAUUUUAAACGACCAAUAAAGAGUCAGAAAACUCUUUACAUGGAGUCGUUUGAUUUAAUGCCAAGUGGUGUUAAUUCAGAAACAAUACAAGAAGAGGCAAAUGAUAAAAUUAAUGUUAUUAAAAAAAAAGUUCCUGAUAAAAUUACAGUUAAAGAUAUUGAUGAUAUAAUAAAUAAAAAAAAUAGUAUUGGUAUAGUAAAAGAUGCUGACAAACUACCAAAAAAAGUUUCUAAAAACGUUUUGAGAAAAGUAGUUAAGGCUGAUGAAACAUUAGAAAGUAAUAAUUUAGUCACAGAUAUUGAUACUGAUGCAGACGGAAUUCUUGUGAUUGAUGAAGAAGUUAGAGUUGAGAAUAAUACUAAAGGAAAAGUUAUCGAAGAACCAUUGGAAAAUAAUAUUAAAGAAAUCGAGAGUGAAUUAAAUGCUAUGCAUCAUAGUAGUACAUCUAUUGAUAAUGAAGAUCAACAUCAAGCUGAAAGAUUUGAGCCUGAAGUUAUAAUAGAAGAAAUAAAUGAAGAUAAAGAUUCAUCAAAAGAUGUAAUCGAGAUUAAUGAACUCGAUGAUUCAGAUGUAGAAAUAACUUCUUGUGAAACACCCAUAGUUCCUGUUCAUAAUAAGAAAUCUCUAGAUUCUAUUAUAAAAUCGUUGAAUUUUGAUAAGAAGUACAAAUGGAAUAAUGAAUCAAAGAAUAUUAAUCUUCCACCAUCUAGAGUAAGUUCAAUUUUUUUUUUAAUAAAAAGAAAAAUUAUUCAUACUUGCAUAUUAAUUAUUACAAUAUUAUUUUUUUAAAUUUCAAAUAAUUUAAACAAGAAUUUAGUCAAUUGUUGGGUUAUGAACAACACACGGCCUUUUAAACCAAAUAGCACAAAUAGCGUGUCCAAUAUCAGGCAGCAUAAUAGGCAUAGACCAAUGGCUUGUCAAAGAAUGCAGUCAACUUCUUUUCAAAAGAGUGUACAAACUGCAAGACAGUUCACUCAACGUAUUUCAAAUUCAGUUCAACAACAAAGAAAUUUCAUGAAUAAUCAAUCAGUACUACGAGAACAAGUAACAACCAUGACUACAACAACUACAGUUCGACAAAUUGUUCAGAAAAAUCAAGUCCAUCUUCCCGGUAAUUCUAUAACUAAUAAUGGUAACAAACCUGAACUUAUAGAACUGGAUUAGUAUUUAAUGAUAUAAAUACAGUAAUUACAUUAUAUUAUAAUAUUUUUAUUUUCAUUGUUAGAUCUGGAAAAUAUUAUUGUACUAUCAGAUUUUUCUGAAAAUUUGUCUAAAUUAAACAUUAUAUUUUGAAUUGUAAUAAUAUAAAUUAUUGAAUUAAACUAAGAGGUUUAUUAUUUUAGUCUAUUCAAUAUCAGUAAUUUUUUUGUGAUU